GGCGGGGCGGGCUGCGGCAGCGGGCGGGCGGGCCGGGCCGGGCCGAGCCGGGCGGGGCGGCGGCGGCACCAUCAUGUCGGAGGCGGCGGUGGCGGACACCCGGCGCCUCAACGCCAAGCCGCAGGACCUCACGGACGCGUACGGGCCGCCCAGCAACUUCCUCGAGAUCGACAUCUUCAACCCGCAGACCGUGGGCAUGGGCCGCGCCCGAUACACCAGCUACGAGCUCCGCAUGCGGACAAACCUCCCGAUCUUCAAAUUGAAGGAGUCGUGUGUGAGGAGACGAUACAGCGACUUUGAAUGGCUGAAGAAUGAGCUGGAGCGAGACAGUAAGAUUGUAGUGCCACCGCUGCCUGGAAAAGCUUUGAAACGACAGCUCCCCUUCCGAGGAGAUGAGGGCAUCUUUGAGGAGUCUUUCAUCGAGGAGCGGAGACAGGGACUAGAACAGUUUAUUAACAAAAUUGCUGGACACCCACUGGCACAGAACGAGCGCUGCUUACAUAUGUUCCUGCAAGAGGAGACUAUUGAUAGGAAUUACGUCCCAGGGAAAGUGCGCCAGUAGGAGCACCUGGCACUGUCUUCCUCCAUUCCACCCUCCCUCCUGCAAAAAUGACAUUUAUUUUUACACUAAAUCUGUCUUCUCUGAACCAGCUUUUCCUCUCUUGAACCUCCCAGUUUGUUCAGUAUUUUCCUCUUUUGUAACUGGCAGCAGUUUGUUCUACUGGGCUGUGGUCUUGGCCUAAAGGUGUGAAGAUUUAUGCAAGUGAGCGUGUUGUCCCGUGUCUAGGGAUAGGUGUGGAGCAGAACUUGCUUAUGGUGUUCUGGUGUAGGAGCUGCCUCUCUCCCUGUACAGGAAGGUAUGAGAUGACCUUCACUCCCUUGUCUGUGCAGCCCCAAGCAUCUCUGCAGGAGACUUUGAAGAAUAGCAGUUGUCAUGUUGGUCAGUGAUCGCAUCAGGUAUUAGCGUUUUAGUAAGGUUUAUCCAAACCAGUGAGUAGGUGCCUGGGUGUGUCGGUCUCUCAUCCAACCCCAUUCACCCUGCAUGAAACCCCCAUUCUUCACUGUCUGGAAGUGCUGAGACCCAACACCUACUCGAACCCCGCACUCAGCCUCCUGCGUUACAGACCUGUUUGGUGUAUUUGUGCCCCCUCCUUUCUAACGUGCUGCUGGCAGCUCGAGGGGUUUCCAUGCCGUGUGCUCUCAUGAUGCUCCGUGUGGGCCGUUUGGCACGUGGAAGAUGGGAUAGUCUGGGCUGUAGCCGUGUGUGCUGUGAGGCCUUGGCCCAGGGUUUCAGAAAUGUCACAGUCUGCGGUGCCAUGGGCUGCUGUGCUGGUGUUCCCUGCAGCACCUGCUGGGCUGAGCCUGGUGCCCUUAUCCUGCACCCCAGCUGCAGGGAGGAGCAGGCGGGUCUGGCUGAGGAGGAGCAAGAGAAGGCUGGUGGGAGCAGUUGUAGGGUGCAUCCGUGAACGGCUGCCACAGGAAGAGCCCAGCAGUGGGGCCUGGGGUGAGGCCACCUCUCCAGAAAAUGAUGGCAGAAAAGUGGUCAGCCAGUCCCAGGUUAGACAUCUGCUUACAAAGCAGAAGUAACAGUGGCUCCUGUUGUGUUCUCCUGUUCUGCGGUGAGCUAGGCAGUCACUUGUGUGGAAGCAAGAACACACGACUGAUCAGGGAAGCGUUCAGAGCUUGAGGGGACCACAAGGCUGUGACUUGCUGCAGCAUAACUGUCCUUUGGAGGCUCCCCCAGCUGCCACAACUGUGAUGAGUGAGGUUGAGCCUCAGCUUGGGGCUUCCUCGGGUCAAGGCUGGCUGGUUUAUAAGCGCUUGGUCACUUUGUGGUGACACAGUUGAGCCUUUCUUGGAGCACAGACCUGCAGUGGCUGCCCUCCCGUUCCUGCCAGGCACAUUCCCUGAGGCCUUCCCAAUGUCUCCUUCGUUUUCUGGUGAGGAACCGGUGCUGUUGAGCAAGAGGUGGCUCUUGGGAAGAAGUCGUGGAAAGCAUCAGGGAGCUGCUCCCGAAAGGGCCAUGGGGCAGCUGGAGCCGGUGCCGGUGGAGGCGGCCGUGCCCGCGGAGGGGCUCGCUCCCCGCCUUCCUGAUGCUGCUGGUCGCGCUCGGGGCGGCCCCUUCCCCUGCCCUGCGCGGGGCUGCCAUCCGCCCAGCUGUCUGCACCCUGUCCAGUGUAACGUCCCGGUGCCGUUCGCAUUAAACCACUGUGAAGCCAA